AUGUUCAAGAAAAGUAUGCUAAAAUCCACCAUAAUUAGAAGGUCCAUCCAUACUGUUCCAAAAUUGCCAAAUAUUAAUUCAUUGUCAAAACAAGGUAUUCCUCCAAUUUUGAGUUCUAAAGGGUUCAAUACAGUAUGGAAUCAAUAUCAAGCCUAUCUAUGUGACCAAUUAACUAUGGCUACUGCUGGAACCUCGUUGGAGUCUUAUUACCCAUUUCACAUCAUUUUAAACACUGCUAAAAAGCCAUUUCAAACUAACAUUUUCAAUUUAGCUUCAGCCACGCAUAAUAAUCAUUUAUUUAUUGAAAAUAUUUUACCCGUGGAUAAAGGUUCUAAUAGUCAAAAAGUAGAAAAUCGACCAUCAGAUAUUUUUUUAAGUAGAAUUGAAAUGUCAUUUGGUAAAAAAUGGGAUGACUUGAAAGAUAAUAUAAUUGCUGAUAUAAACACAAAGUUAUUAGGUCAAGGUUGGUUUUGUCUUGUGGAGAAUGCACAGAAACAAUUACAGGCAUUGUAUUUACAAAAUAAUGGAACUCCGUAUUAUUUUCCAAGAAACCAAUUGAUUGAUAUGAAUAGUGCUAUUAAUAUUGAUGAGUUUAGUUAUCUGCAAAAAAUUAGAGAAAUGGUUAGUAAUAAUAAAAAUGGGAAAAUACAAGACUGGACGUUACCUAUUAUUAUGAUUAAUGUAUGGGAUUUUGCAUAUUUGGAAGAUUAUGGAGUUGCAGGUAGGAAAAAAUAUUUGCAUAAUGUUCUAAAUAAUUUGAAUUGGAAUGUUAUUAAUAAAAGGUUAUACAACUGA